AUGAUCAGAGACAUCACGAUGGCAUACACACAAUCCCAGACCAAGCUGGCCCGUGUCAUCCUGGCAGCCCUUCCUCAAGAACUCAAAAGAAGAUAUCCAGAGGGAACAAUCCUGCGAAUCGUGAAGCCGCUAUAUGGCAUCGCAGAGGCAGGAGCCCACUGGUUCAACACAUAUCACGACCAUCACUGCCGCAAGCUUAAUAUGGAAACCUCUUCGUUUGACCCGUGCCUUCUGAUCACGGCAAACAACAUCGCCGACAAGGACCUGUUUGGCAUCGCGGCCUUGCAAACGGAUGACACAUUCAUUGCCAAGCCAAAAGAGAUUCUCCAAGAAGGUUCCAUCUGCGACUUUAACGGCAGCCGCCUGACCAUACAAAAUGGCUGUGUCAUCGCUUUGAACAAGCGGAUUGAAUGGCAGAUCAACAAUCCCGACCGUGGCCUAUGUUACAUACCCAUCGAUCUCGAGAGCGCGAAGAUCUUUGUGUUCACCGAUGGAUCAUUCGCCAACAAUAAGGAUUUAAGCUCUCAAAUCGGCUUUGUGAUUAUCAUCGCCAAUGAGACCGCCUCAACUAAAUAUUCAUAUAGCCUCUAUGAGUGCCUCGUCAAACUUGGCACCACAACAGAGAAGCGACUCAUGAUAGAUAUCAUGGCGCUGAGGCAGGCAUAUGAAUCAAGGGAUAUUGCGGAAAUCCGUUGGGUCAACGGCGCAGAUAACCCUGCCGAUGCUAUGACGAAGGCAUCACCAAACAGCGCCCUCACGCAGUUUAUUAGCGACAAUCAGCUAAACGUGAGGGUGGAAGGAUUCGUUCAUCGCAAUAACACAACAAUUCUCGACGAGAUUUAA